AUGACGGAGAUGCGGCGUAGCACUUCCCGUCGGCGACUGCUGCUGGCUGAGGUGGGAGGGAGAUCGAGUUUGGGCUUCGGGGAAGAGAAGAGGAAGUGGAAGCUGAGGCUAGCUAUUGGGGGCGACAGAUUGAAUCAGACAGAGGAGAAAGGAGUGGGGCGGCGGGGGUUGUUGAACGGCGGAUUGAAUCGGGGAGGUUGA